CCAAUUCGUAUACCCAUUGUUUACGAGUGUAUAACACAGAGUAACCGUGAACAAUGCUUGAGGUGCGUUCUUAUCCCAAGAUUCAGUAACCAUUGCAGCACGUACACAAUGCACAUCAAUCCACCACGUCACGGCUUGUGGGGUAAUCAUAGCCUACCAACCCACCAUUCUUUGCAUAACGCCUUUCCAUUCACCAGGAUCUUCCAGCAACCACGCCACAAAAUGACCAUCACGGGUGAGAAGAGAAAGCGCCAGUCCAAUGACUCGGACUCCUCCUCAUCCCGCAAGCAAAAGAAGAACAAACCCAAGACCCUCCAGCAACUGGCCCCCAAAGCCGGCCUCCACUAUGAUACCCUCAGCAAAGGCCACCCCCUUCUAUCCAGCCAGUGCGUCUGCGACGCCAUCAACGCCCUGCGCUGUGCACACAGCAACCACAACCGCAGGUUUAAGCUCACCCGCGCGCAGAUUGAUGCAUCGCUAUCUGAGCUCUUCGCAGCUGGGCGACGCCACAUCUUCGCAGCUGACAUGACGCCUUUCGUGUUUUGGGAGAAGGUCGGCAACAGCGUCGGCUGGAGCAAGAACUUGGAAACGCAGGUUGUGGUCACGCUUGUUUUCAAGCUGCUUAAGGCGCGUAAGCUGUACACGGAGAGAGGUGGGCCGUGGUCGUUGUCUGAGGAGAAGAAGAACAAGGGAAAGGUUGGUUCCACGAUUCAAGCGAUUGGUCGGUUUUUGGAUUCGGUUCGGGAGCACCAUGGCGAUAAUACGCUGUUGAUGAGCUUCUACGAGAAUCCGUCGCUGGCCCUUGAUACGGAUGACGAGGGUGAGGAAUCUGCCGAGGAGAUGGAUCGCUACCAGAAGACGAAGACUAGAGGAAGUUCUAAGAAUGCGGGCGAGUUGAAGGACGGAACCACGGGGAGAAGCCUAACGGGCAUCGCAUCUGCUUGCCAGUCAGCCAGAGCCACGGGUGCUUCUCAGGCAGUUCAGGAGUCCGCAGAGGCCGUAAAGAUGCCUCGCGCAAAUGAUGGCCUUGUUCUCGACGGCUGGAACUCUAUUAUCAGCGCUGCUGGACUACCCAUUCGACUUCGUUCUGAUUUGGCCGCAUAAGCCGAUAUGCAAUAUGUCCAACACCGAAACAUACCACCCGGAUUGAUUGUAUCGACAGGGAUGUCCACGCCAACGCUUCUGGUCCUGGGAUCACUUUUAAGACACAUUACUACGGAAGUUGCCGGACAACAAACCCAGCGUUGAAGAGGUCCAAUUCAAUGUAUCAACAGUUUUACAGAAUUGAACUCGCACAGGUUUUCUUCUUGUUGGGUGGACAAAAAAUUG